AAGUACAGCAGCACUUUGAAUACCGGUGUACUUUUGUCAAAAUGGAGCAGCUUUGCAAACUUUUUGUUGGCGGAUUGAAUGUUGAAACUACUAGCGAAGGGCUUCGUAAUCAUUUUGAACAUUAUGGACAGGUGAUCGACUGCAUUGUUGUUCAAAACGAACAACUUCAGCGAUCGCGCUGUUUCGGGUUCGUAACGUAUUCACGCAUUGAAGAAGCAGAUGCUGCAAUGGCCGCUAAGCCACAUAUCGUGGACGGGAAAACCGUGGAUUUAAAAAGAGCAGUGGCUCGUGAAGACGCAGGCAAACCAGAAGCUCUUGCCAAAGUAAAGAAAAUAUUUGUUGGCGGGCUAAAAGACGACAUCCAAGAAGAUGAUCUAAAUGAAUACUUUGCACAGUUUGGUGUAAUAGAGAAAGCUGAAGUGAUCACUGAUAAAAAUACCGGCAAAAAGCGUGGCUUUGGAUUUAUUCACUUUGAAGACAAUGACUCCGCUGACAAGGCUGUUGUGGUAAAAUUUCAUACAAUAAAUGGGCACAAAGUAGAAGUAAAAAAGGCACUCACAAAACAAGAAAUGCAGGCUGCAGAGGGGACCAUGGCCAACAGGGGAGGAAGAGGAAUAGGAAGAAAUCACAAUUGUUUCGGUGGUGGUAGAGGUGGUUACGGCAGUUAUGGAAAUGCUUAUAACAGCGGGUAUGGCGGUGGCUAUGAAGGAGGAUACAGCGGCCAGUGUGUUAAUUACGGAGGUGGUAAUGGCUACAGUGACUUUGGUGGUGGUUAUGGUCAGCAGACGUCUGGUUAUGGGCCCAUGAAAGGUGGGAACACCUACGCCGGUCGGAGCGGUGCACCGUAUCCUCGGGGCGUUGGAUCUGGUUAUAACAGAGGUGGCUAUUGAGGACAGUGUUAAAGCGGACUAGAUUUAAUAAGCUCGAAGGUCUAAGCUUUUGUCAAGAAUUACUACGGCAGGACGUCAUACACUAUACAAAGAAAGUGUUUACAGUGAAACCGUAACCCUUGAGUCAAUAUGCGUUAUGGGGUACUAAGAAUAAUUACUCAAAUCAUUUGUAUUACAUGUUCUUUUGCUCUAAUAGGAAUCCCUUAAAUUAUCAUAUUUUCCAAGCUUUUUUUGUUUGUAGUCUUAGAUGGUUGAUUACUUAACUAAUGUAUAUUGUGUAAAAGCGUCUGUUGAACUGUAUAACUUGGUUGUGUAAAUGGUGGUCAUUUAAAUGCUGUGUUGUUUAGGUACCGUUCUUUUUUGCUAAUUUACAAAAGAUACUUUCUGAUUGGUAUAUUCAAACCUAGACGCGGUGUUGCUGAAAACCAGGACUGCUCAAAAUGGCGUUCACCAUUACAGUGUAGUGCAUAGGGCUUCGGGACGUGACGUCUUACCCUGGAAUCACUUUGGCUGAUGACUAGUAAACGGUUAAAUAAGACAAACAUGCAUGUUUAAAACUGUACUGUGUAAUUAAAUACCAUAAAAUAAAUCACAUUUACGUAAAUACUAAUACUAUUAUUUUUGUAAGUGCAGGGAAUGAAUUUAUUGCUCUGCCUUACAAACAGCGUCACAUCACGGUACAGAAAAAAAUAUCACGUGUAUUUUUAUAUAUACACGCAUAUUAACUCCACGUUUUGCAUAAUCCUUGAGUAAUAAAAAAAAUAAUAAUUUUAAGCCUAACGAUGAAUUGAUUUUUUUUAUUUUGAAGUUGUGACAUUUAUGCACCAAGGUAUAACAAAGGCGAGGUCCAGAUCAGCUUAUGUCCAAUUUGUUCACACUACAGACUUUCCAAGUAAGGUGGUGUUGCAUUUUUUUUACAGUUUGCCACAGCAUAAUUUACAGCAUAGGUAACUCUUAUUGUAGGAUUUGAGAAAGAAAGAAAACCACAGUAGAUUAUUUGAAUCCUCCUAUUUCUGUACUAGUUCAUGCAACACGUGAGUCUUAUAUUAACAAUUGUGCUGGAAAACUGAUCUAUUUUGAAGUGAUCAUGACCCUAACCCAGCUAAAGUCUGCACCCUUUGUAUUGAGGACCCUGAUAAGUGUUAAACAACAAAUUGAAGUGCACUGUUGUUUUAGGGCCAUCAUUAUAUAAUUUAAAAUUAUUGUAAAGUUAAUGCUUAGACUGCAUUUAUAACCUUGUUGGUUGCUUCUAUUUUCAAACUAGUUAAAACACAACAAAGUACUUACAGUGUGGUAAGUAUGUAGUUUACAUCAGUUGUUUCCUUCAAGAAAAAAAACACUGCCCUGUUUCUCUAAAAGCUUUUUUAGUUUGAAGACCCUACAAACGGGUGGUUGGGUGGUCUCAUUUUGAACUGCAGCCUUAGGUGCUUAUAGCUUCAAAAUAUACUAUGGUCUAAUAAUUUGUGUUAGUGCCGCAAUUGAUUUCAUUUGGGUUUUCAUUUGAUGCUGAGAUGCUGAUGUUUAUAAUCUUACCAUGAAUAACUUAGUGUACAGUUUAAAUGUGUCUCUAGUCAGUGAGUAGUGCUCAUUGAAAAUAGUUUUUUUCUCCUUUUCUUUAAAUAAAACUUAAUGGUUUUAUUAAUAAGAUAUUUAGUGCACACUUUGUGGUGAACGUUUUUUGCUUGGGUCACUUGUUUUACUUUUUAAAAUGAUGUGUAUGAAACGAUAGCACUACUAAGAUUCAGACCUGGAUCUGGUUGGUUGGUGAGCGACCUGGCUUUAAGUAUGUCAUUCUUUACCACCUUUAUACUUGAUCUACAUAUCAUACAUUUUACCUGUACAUUUUAUGUAAAAACGUUUUUCAUUUAAAAUAAGGGUAUACUACUGGUUAAUAAUUGCUGUUUAGGCUAAAGAUAACUGGCAUACUUUUAUUAAAAUUAUUCAGUAACACUAUACUAAUUUAUGGAUUUAUGAAAGGAUUUAUGCAUUUUCCUCAGUAAGUUGCUGAAAUGUUUUUUGAAAUUGUAUCGAGUCCACCAACCAAACAUUUAUUGGAAUAAUUAGUACAUAUUCAGUGCAUUUAGUUAUUAAUAUUACUGUAGUAACUACAAAUUAAGCACCUUUAUAUCAACCUACCAAACGAAAACAUGGUAACACUUUAGAAUGCAUACUAUGCAUACCUGCUGUAUAGUUACUACAUUAUUGUCUUAAGCAAAACUUUGGACACCCAAAGUCAAAUUUAAUUUUUAGGUUAAAAUUGGUUAAAGUUGUAGCAUAGUGGCUAGGGUACUGGACUAGUAAUCAAAAGGUUGCAGGUUCAAGCCCCACCACUUCCAGGUUGCUUUCCAAUUGCUCAGACUGUAUUCUGUCACAGUACUGUAAGUCGCUUUGGAUAACAGCGUCUGCUAAAUGCUGAAAAUGUAAAAAAAAAAUGUUAAAACAUCCUCUACAGGAAACAAAUGUAAUAUUCAAAAUUUCUUUACUUUGGUGCAUAAUAUAUAUGUAAUUGUGCCACAGUUUAUGUUGAAUUGGUUUAGAAUUUGUUAAAUUACACUAAAAAACAGUAAUUAUGCACAAUGUGCACAAUUUUGUUUUCUGUAGAGCAGUGGUUCUCUGGUGGUACGUGAAGCAGCAUGAGGUGGUAUGCCAGAUAAUCUCGGAAAAGUAAUUACAUGGACCGAAAAAAUAAAUCAUUUAAUAAUGAUAAAUAAAAAAUAAUAUGAAACAAAAUGUGUAAAUUACUAAUAAAAUCUGUUUCAAAGUUCUUAUAAUUCUGUUUUAAUAAAAUCAGUUUAAUUAAAACAA